UGAGUGACUGGGUGUCGGCGGUGAAACAGCGACUUUAGAGCAACAGAACGGAAACUGAUCGCCUUCAGAAACACAAAGGGACAUUACGAUCCACCGCUAUGGGCAUCAAACUGUAUUACACCACCGUCACUGCAUCGAGAGAGGUCAAGUCUCAGCAGGCCGAGGUGAUGCGUAUUCUGGAAAGUAAGAGCAUCAAGUAUGAGCUGAUUGACAUCUCGGUGGGCGGUGCUGUUCGGGAUGAGAUGAGGAGUAAAUCAGGCAACCCCACGGCAAUCCCACCUCAGAUAUUCAAUGAAGACCAGUACUGUGGGAACUACGAGAUGUUUUCUGAGGCGGUGGAGGCAGACACAGUGGAACAGUUUCUGAAGAUUGCAUGAGAGCCAAACCUGGUAGCAACCAUCAUCCUCUUCCCUCCCCUGGUCCAUGUCCACAUUCCCAAAGGGAGGCCUGCCUGUCCCCCUUCAGUGUCUCAAUGCCAUGCCACAUGCCAAAAACAAUCAACAGAAAAGCACACACUCGCUCUGUACCACCAUAUUUACCCUCAAACGGAGACCCAGUCACUCGUUCAUUCCUUCGUGCUUUUGUUUUGAUGAUCUUGUUUAUUUCCUCUCUUGAGUCCUCUUUGGUUCCGACGCUUAAAUGCCACUAAAUUGUCUUAAUCUUGUUUGGAUCAGAGCGCUUGGAUGUGUAGUAAUUAGGUCAGCAACACUAUGUUUAUUCCAGAUUGAACUAAUCCACAGUCCAAGAAAUACGAGAAUCAUUUUGUGUCCAGUAGUUGAAUCAGAUUGCCAAUUUGUGUAGAUGGCCUUCAUAUAUAUUUCCGCAUUUAGUACUGAUAAAUCAUUUAGAAAUGGCUAACUCUCUAUGGGCUGAAAUUUAUGUGUUGGUACCUUAAAAACACAGGCCCUAAUUUCCAGCAUGAUGUGAACCAGCUGCAUUGGAUGCUUUGUAUUGUAUGCUUUGGCAGAGUUGAAGCCACAGGUUUUGCUCUCCGAGACAGGUUUCCAUUUAACAUUCCCAAUUUCAGGGAUUGAAAAACGUUCCAUUUCGUUAAACUGUGCCAAUAAAUGUCUGUACGAAUGUGUUUUCCAUACAAGCAUUUUUCCUCUAUCCUCCUUAUUCCAAAGUCUGAAAAUCCAUUAUAAGGUGAAUCUCACAAUG